AUGUCUAGUCAACAAAUGAAUGUUAUGAGAAAUGAUGAUGUUGGUAGUUCCGGAGAUGAGGCUCAUUUUGCAGCAAUGUCGACGUUUACGGGUCGGACAAGUGUUCAACGAAAGCGACAAAGAACUUCUAAGGCAUGGGAGACAUUUACUUUUAUCCCUGGGAAUCAGUUUGCAGAUAAUAUAUCAAGAGCACAAUGCAAAAACUGUCCCAAGCUUUAUGUGGUUGGUAAAGGUAUUUCUAAUCUCACUCGUCAUAGUUUUAAGUGUAUUGGACGUGCAAUUGAAGUGCCAGUGUCUAAUGUUGGAAGCUCAAAAGCAAUAGAUCAAAAUAGAUUUAAGGAGCUAAUGGCUAUCAUAAAACAUGGGUAUGAAUUUGCAAUGGUUGAGCAUGGUGGACUUCAAGAUGUGAUGGCCUACUUGAAUGAUGAUUUUAAGUCAUUUACUCAGAAUGUAAUGCUGAAUGUUUUCUGA